ACCAACAGAUGGCAGUGAUGAUGUUUGUAGCUGUAACCAAUAGUGGUGUGCAGGAAGCACACUCCUUGCUUUCAUAUUAUUCCUUUUUUUUUAAGUUUACAAGUGUUAUUCAGACUCAGAGUUAGGCAUGAGUGAUGCGGAAGUGACGUGGAAGUUGAUAAUGAACGAGGAAAAAGAAGAAGAAAGUGUAUAAACGGUGAUAAUAGGGAAAGGGCAGCAGUAAGCCUAACAACCGCGGCCCUCUUGGUUCAAUGAUUGUGAAGCAACACAAAUUUGUAUUGGUCUGCGGACGAUGGUUUCUCCCUCUAAAAAGAGGCAGAUAAAGGGUAGAGUGACUACAGGACAUAAAAGUGACCGUAAAGGGGACAAAGCCAGUAGCAGACUACCGUACAAACCACUGUUAAACAAGACAUUUUACUUGGAUGUGAAAGGUUACAGAAAUAUUGCCAACAUCAGAGCAGACAUACGAAACCUUGGAGGGAUAGUUGAAGAGUUCUUGAGCCGGGAAGUAAACUAUGUAAUAAGUUCCCGUGGAAAUCAAUCAGCGGGUGGCUCCAGCGGUGAACAGCAGCCAUCACCCAGUGGUGUACAAAUUGCCUCUCCCCUCACACCACAUCAGCCUCUGUCUUCACUCCCCUCAACCUCACAUGACUCACCACUAAAUAACAUUGACUCUCCAAGAGAAGAUUCAGGCAAAAAACGUGUUAGGACUAGAGCUGAAGUGCUCUUGGAACGUGCCUGUGUGCGGCGCCAAGGCACAAGUGACGUACUUGAAAACGCACGGUUGUGGAAUGUUCCUGUUUGGCCAUUGGCUAAACUUUUAAAGUGGCUGUCUGUACUAAAAGAAAACGACCGAUACAAACCACAGAAGACUCCUAGCAGCAUAACCUCAAAAGGUUCCUCAUCCUCAUCCUUAGCUAAGGUUCAGCGUUUAAGAACUCCAUUCAUCAAAACUGAAUCCUUUAGUAGGCCACAGGACAUCCAGUGGAUUGAGAACAUGUCAAGAGAGUGGCUUCCUGCCAAGGGAAAUACAAGCCACUCUUCAAAGAGUUAACUGUUUGGCCAGAACUAAACUUGUCCAAUCCACCUGGAGUAUCGCCAUUUGCUGACCUUAAGCAGACCAAAACACGCCAAAACCUAAAGACUUCUUCAGCACACAGAGACGAUUUUAGAGAAAA